AUACGUACCGAGUAUAGUACAUUUUCAGAUGGCAUUUCACCUCAUCUAGCUAGAUAGUUCAAUGCAACCUUGGGAGGAUAAUCCUUGUAUCUGGCUUUGCUAAUUAAGAGAAAGACCGACAAGCUAGACCCAAAAGUUUCAUACCCAUCGCCGAUAUCAAGACUCCCACGGCAAUACUUUAUUGAUUCCUGCUCUGCCAUACCUUAAGAUUGCAUACUGCAUUGCUCUUUGAUAGCCCAGAAGAUGUUUUCUGCCGCUCCAGUCUUUCUAUCUGACCGUGUUAUUCGAAUUCAUAUAUGGGCUCAAAAGAGACCAUGAUAUUCACACCUCAUAGACUCCAACAACGGCGACGAAUCUGGCUAUCGACAUUUAAACUCCUACCAAUGGUAUAAAAGCACUUCCUCGACAAAAGCGGCUUAGGAUAUGCUCAUACAGACAACUACUUGAGGAACUGACAACGACUUCACACUCACUCACCCAAUGUUCGUGGCUAUGACUACUGUCUCGGAUGUGGUCGCGAAGCAGAAGAAAGAGAACAUUCUGUUCUCGCCAGAGACCCAAACAUUGGAGGUUGCAGCUGCGACUGGUACACUUACCAUAGGACUUGUCAAUCAAAGCUCCUCAAACACUGUCUAUGCAUAUGUUACCGGUCUUGCCAUUAACAACAACUAUGCUGUGGUGCUGCUUCAAGCUGACGGUUCGACCCUGUAUUACCCUACAAAUCCAUCAUAUGAUGGAUCUGCCUUGAAAGAAGACUGCGCCAUUCCGCUAGGAGCUCCUGGCUCUACUACAACAGUCAUUAUUCCAUACAUUGCAGGCGGUCGGAUUUGGUUCUCCGUUGGAAGUACUUUGACAUUUCUGCUAAAUUCGGGGAUUGCGGGGCCUGGAUUGGUUGAACCCUCAGUCAGCAACACAUCUGAUCCGAACUAUCUGAAGAAUUGGGAUUUUUGUGAAUUUACAUACAAUAGCGACGAGGUUUUUGCAAAUAUUACCUAUGUGGACUUUGUGUGCCUUCCCAUUUCUUUGACACUGAACAGUACAAGCGGUGCAGUGAAACAUGUUAGAGGUUUGCCUUCAAAUGGAUUGGCUACGGUCUGCGAUGGUCUAAUAGCACAAAGUGCGAUUGAUGGGGCCGGCUGGGACCAACUCAUUAUUAGGAACGGUGCUAUAUACUUGAGAGCCCUCAACCCAACUCAGGGCAUAGUCUUUAAUUCGGCACUUUUCAAAAACUAUUGGACCAGCUAUGUCGACGCUGUUUGGUCUAAAUAUGCCAGCACUCCCCUAAUUGUCAACACUCAAGCAUCAUGGGGAGAUGUCCUUGGAUUGACAUCCAACCUCACUUCCUUGUCGUUCAGUAGCAUCGGCUCCUUCACAAAGCCAUCGGCGGCCGAUAUAUUUGGCGGCGCGUCAGGGGCUUUUGCAGCCCAGCCUAACAACACCGAUCAGCUUUUAAACAUUGGCGCACGGCUCGACGCUGCACUCAAUCGUUCAACUCUUUUGAUCGACUCCUUCCAGCCGAACAAUGAAGUGGUCUCAACAUACUACAAAAACGCAAUUACAAACCACUAUGCAAGAAUUGUCCACGCUGCAAACGUCGAUGGUCUCGGUUACUGCUUUCCGUAUGACGAUGUCACGCCCGAUGGGGGUGUUAACCAAUGCGGCGCCAUAAAUGAUUCAUCGCCCUCUUCUUUGAUCGUAACGGUCGGCGGCAACAAUGCAUAUGCACAAAGCAAGGUGAGUACAGUGGAAAAUGAUGAUUCUGCCAACGAAAACUCUCUUGGCACUUCCCGUGGAGACCAUUCAGCUCCGGGAGAAGAACAAAACGUGCCAUCACACUUGGAUGCAACUUAGGUAUGAAAUCCGGAAAGGCAGCCACGAUUUCAUCCACGAAGCUUUCCCCUUUCCUGGAUUGAUUCUUGGAAGUAAUUCACUAGACAUUACCAUCUCAUCGCCGCAAAUCUUCGCAAACAUCCUAACAAUCAUUCCUUUGUUUUUACUUCCACGCUUCUCAGGACUUCUCCGCCAGUUUGUAACAAUUCUAGGGAUAUCCUCUUCCCUUGUGCUCAGAGACUCAUUCUUUUGAAUAUGAUUCGUAUUCUGUUCACUUUAUUUCAUUUCUGUCGCUCCUGACACCUUCCGUUCUAUCAUCAAUCUUUACAAAUGGUUAGGUUUAUUUAAUCUGAAGUUUUGGACUGUGCAUGUUACCAAAAGGAGGGGUGGGCGAAUUAUGGAGAAGAUAUUGGUGGAGCUAUAGUGGGUCCACCAUCCGGUCUACACAAUUCAAUGAAAUCCUGGAACGUUUGUAAGAUCAUUGUUAUCUGGUGAAAUUCGUGACACACUUUCUGAGUACGGUGUGCUUAUUAUGCUUCGAGCCCCAUAUCAUCCAACUGUUGGUACCGUCCUUGCCUGGC